GUACAGCAAGAAUUGUUCUCCGCCUAUUGCUCUAAGGUUACAAGUGUCAGUGGAAAUAGUUUGGUGAAAAAAUCACAGUUAGGUAUCGAAUAAUAUUAAAAGCAGAUGCAGCUUUUAAAUUCGUGCUGUGGAUGUUGCGAUUUGCGAACUGGAACGAUUAUUGUAGGAAUUUGUGGAUUUUUAUUUACAAUUGCCGGAAUAAUUACGCAAGCAGUUUUCUUGGAAAGUAUUGAAGAAGAAGAUACCAAAAGUCAUGUACGGAUAAUUGUCGUUUACUCUUACCUCUACGUAGUAGUCAACAUUAUGCUGCUGUAUGGAUCCGUAAAGGUGAAUAAGCACUUCCUGCUACCUUGGAUAGUAUAUGUAGCAUUUGGUCUAGGUUUAUGUACGCUCUUCUGUUUAAUAUUCAUGUUCUUCGCACCUGAACUUUUUGCAGGAACGUUAAUGUCCGGAUUGCUAUGGUAUGCGUGGUAUGCCGUAGUCUCAUUUUACAUUGAUAUGAAUAAACCAACAACGACGAUAGUGACAAUUGGUGGAUAUUCAGGAAUACCUCAAAACAGCUACGUUGCGGCAUCCUCCGUCGUAUCCUAUGAUUCACAACCGCCUUGUUAUGCCAAUUACAACGCUGAACUAGUCUAAUUAGCCAAUUUUUGGGAUGGUGUGGUUUGUCAGCUAUGUGUCCAGCAUUGUAUAGUAGGUGAGUGUACGCAAAGAGUGCUGUGGAUACUCUUUGGUGUAUGCAAAGAGUUUUGGAAAAAUAUUUUUCCAUCGAGAUCAUGAUCAGUAUGAAAGUAUGACAAUGCGUUACUAGCUCUCAAUUCCAAGACAAAGUUCGCAGGCUUAUUUGGCUCAUUUUGCAAGUUUGUCAUACCUUGGGACAGGUGUAACGUCUAUGUUUUAUUUAGUUAGUUCUAGGGUAGACAAUUUUGUAAAUGUACAAUCAGGGAUAUUCUGAGAGAACUUGAAACGUUUUCGAUAUUACACCUUAUUCAAUACACUAUCGUUCUCAAUAUUGCAAUGACAUGGUAUUCAGCAGCACCUCUUCAAGACUUAUUGAUUAGUGAAUUUAUAACGCUAGCUUUCAGUGUGGAAUCAAUUUAUUUCGGAUUUUUUAUACAGAUAGAUAAAGUUUUUGUGAGUUUUUUGAGUUUUUUUAAGGAUGGCCUACUUUUUAUUCGCUGUGAAAUAUUGCCGAUAUAAAGGGGGCUGACAGGGUUUGUUUCAUGUCAACACUGUCGUCUACAGAAGGACAUUUUUUAAACGAUGUACUGUGAUUUUAUUUAUGUAAAAUUAAAAUCUAAAUAUCUUUUAACAUAAAAUAUAUCCAAAAUUAAUUUUGUGUUUAAUUUUAUGAGCAAGUAAUUUGUAAAAGCGGACUUGAAGUUAAUUUUCAGAUUGAAAAAUGGAAAAAUCUUCAAUAAGUCAGUGUAAAAUUUAUGUCAAGGGCUACCCGGUCAGUUAAUGGGGCAUAUGAAUAAAAGGGGGCAUAUGCUUAUACUUGCAAAAUUCAAAGUAAAUACUCGUAAGUGCCCUUCACAUUGGGCGACGUAGCCGCGCUGCUUACCCGCACUGCUGAGCAGCUCUGCACUGCGUCCCAUCCCGCUGCUCAGCAGUGCGGAUAAGCAGGGCUGCUACAUCGCCCAGUGUGAAGUAAAAGCAUAUGCUCCCUUUUAUUCAUGUGGGCCGUUGUGCUAAAUAAUUUAGAAAGUUUACUUAGGAAGUCAAAAUUUUAUUUCGAAAGAAUGCACAACCUCCUUAAUGACGCGCAACCGUGGGGAUUAAAAGAAAGGUGCGUUGCAAAUUGCCAUGAAAUUAAGUAAAACAAUGAUUUACAGAAAUUUAAGGUUCUAUUACAGUUUUUACUAACAGUUAUUAAACGAGCGACUCAGCUCGUUCAUGAUUUUGGACUUUCUGUCCGUCCAAAUUCGCGAACAGUUUCGAAUGGUCAAGGAAUUUUGGUCAUUUAUUUAUUUAUUUUAUUUAGAUAAAUAUAUAAUAAUAAUAAUAUAAGUCCUUUACGGGACGAGAUCGAAUUUUUACACCACCUUGCGGAGUAGGAUGAACGUUUGAAAAAUUGUUCAAAAUCGAAAAGGAUGUGCCGAAAAAAAUAUAUAAAAUAUAUCACUCCACGCGCCUUUGUUUUACGACAUAUACAUAAUAGGCUGAAAAAAGGGUGACAAUUUUGGGACGUUUGUAGUCAAAUUUUACGACUGUCGGCUUAGUUGGGAAUAUGAUCUGUUUUAAUAAGCCCAGCCACCAUAUUUUGGACAUAAAGGGAGGGUUUUCAGUUGUUAAGCACAAUUUCAUUACACGGUUUUGCAUACUAUUUAUCCGCGAGAAUUUUUGGGUAAAUUUUUAAGUUUGGGUAAGUACAUUAUGAAUUAGAUAA